ACUUUUCUAAAGAUUCCCCAGCAGCGCAUUCAAUAAUAAGUUGGAAAACUGGAUCAUUAGAAAAUGGCAAUUUAUAUUAUACACUUGAAAAUAGAUCCAACCUGAUUAUAUUGCCUGCACCGGCUGCUUAAAGCAAAACAAAAGGAAAUGAAAUGUAAAAGGAAUGAACACAACACAAUCGGGGGGUGCGUUGCCCAGGCAACAAUUAAUAAAAGUGCGGCGUAAACAAACAAAGAAAAGUGGAAGAGACAUUUGCUGCUAAUGUGAAAUCAUUUCUUCAUUUAUACAGUAUAAAAUUUAUAUGCAAAAAUUUCCGAUGAAUUAUUACGAUGAAGAAAUCAGCAUCAGUGGACCCGACUCGAAGAAUCUAAGUCACUUUAAAAUGGAUCGAGCUAUUAGCAAUGGCAGCGGUCGAGCUGGCUCACAGCGUUUAGCUGCCACAUCAAAUCGUACUGCCACGAUACGUCAGAAUAAUGUUCUACACGGGAGCUCAACCGACGACGAUGGUCUAUUGCAGGAUAUUAUUGAUCAUGACGACGAAGACGAUGAUGAUGAUGACGAUGAUGAAAGCGAAAUGCAGCCACAAAUGAUUAACGAAACUAUACGGGACACAUCUAACCAACGUCCACAAACUCGACCUGGUAGCACUCGUAGUACGGCUAAUAUAUUGUCAGCUAAGCCGCUAGUGCGAGGCAGUGGUCUUAUUGUGCCCUCAGAGAGUGAAUCGGACGAUUCACCACAACCACAACUUGGUGUCGUAGGAGACUCUGCUGCUGCACAAUCAUCAGCGCCGGAUGUGCAGUUGUCUAUUAAACCAGACCAUUGGGAGAAUUUAACAAUACAUCAAGAGCUUAAGGAUAUCUUUCCAUAUAUACUGAAAUAUACCCCACAGUCAAUUGAAACACCUUACCGCUUACAACCUUUCAUACCGGACUUUGUACCCUCUGUUGGCGAUGUAGAUGCCUUUCUUAAGGUAACAAUACCGCCAUUAGUGAAGCCUCAACGUCAGCAAGAAAUUAAUGAGUUUCUAAAUAAAAUGGGAAUUUAUCUGCUCGACGAGCCAUCGGGCGAACAAUCGGAGCCAAGUUUACUCAAUAUGAAAUUACGUUCUGUACUCACUGGGAGUGGCGCUAAUGCGCGCAACACAUCAGCAUCCCUAAUUCCAACGGCCAAAUCGGCAAAGGAAAUUGAUAAGUGGAUAAAUGAAGUGGAAAAAUUGCAUAUGACACAAACGGUAAAUGAUGUGCAACCGCGUAAAGACAUUGAGCCCUUACUGAUCAACUGGCCCCGUGCGUAUGCUGAUGCAAGUGACGCAGUGCGACAGGCUUAUCAGCAAUGUUUAGAAGAUAAUGAUAUCGCUCGAUAUGUACGUACAUUGUGUCAACAGUUCGGAGUUGAGGGACCUUCAGAAUCGCAAGUUGAUUACAUUUUGAAUGUGCAGACUUUGUUCGCUUUGUAUUUGGCCGCCAAUCAGGCUUGGGAAUGAGUAUUAAAAAUAUUAAAUUAAAUUUUGAAUGUGUACUGAGCGUAAUGUAUUAUGUUCAAUAAAAUAUACAAGUUUGUGCAUUAUUA